UGCACGUACUCACACGGAUGAGGGACGAACGGCAGCAGUCAAAAUGGAAGUGAGGGAUUCUAAUGCUGCUAUGCUCAGCAACUAUGAGGUGUAUCAGCUCCUAACAGACCUCAAAGAGAAGAGAAAAGAGAGUGGCAAAAGCAAACAGAGCAGUGGCCAGCAGAACCUAAACAACAUUAUGUAUGAAACUCUGAAGUACCUCUCCAAAACCCCCUGCAGUCGCCAGAACCCAGAGAUCGUGAAAGGGUUUCUCACUGCUAUGUUAUCACAUAAACUCACUAAAGCUGAGAAACUUCAGAUCUUGAACCACAGGCCACAGACUGCAGUGGAAAUCCAACUAAUGGUGGAGGAGAGUGAAGAGAGGCUAACAGAAGAACAGAUUGAUGAGCUUAUAGAGAAGGUCAGAGACAUUCUUCCUGGAGACCCUGCCCAAGAGGCUGAUGCCCAGGGCAAUGCAGAAAUGGGCGAUGCCAUGGACCAGUAGAAGA